AUGCAGCUCAUGGAGAAAGGAGGUGCGGAAAAUCAAACAUAUGUGACAGAAUUCAUCCUCCUGGGGUUUGGGGAUCUCCCUGAACUGCAGAUCCUUCUCUUCUUGGUUUUCCUAGUGAUCUAUAUUGUGACCAUGGCAGGAAACAUCCUCAUCAUUGCUCUGGUUGUGACUGAUCAGCACCUUCACACCCCCAUGUACUACUUCCUGGGGAACUUGUCCUGCCUAGAAACCUGCUACACUUCUGCCCUCCUGCCCAGGAUGCUGGCCAGUCUCCUGACUGGGGACAGAACCAUUUCUGUGCAGGGCUGCAUGACACAGUUUUUUUUCUUUUGUUUUCUAACAACUACAGAGUGUUAUCUCCUGGCGGCAAUGUCUUAUGAUCGGUAUUUAGCCAUAUGCAAACCACUGCACUAUGGAACCUCUAUGAAUGGCAAGUUGUGCCUCCAGCUAGCAGCUGGGUGUUGGAUAAGUGGAUUUCUACCUUGUACAAUAAUGAUGUGUUUUAUGUCACAAUUAAUUUUCUGUGGCCCCAAUGAAAUGGACCAUUUCUUUUGUGAUCUCACCCCAAUGCUAAAGCUCUCCUGCAGUGACACCAGCCAGAUGAUGCUGAUUCUUUAUAUAUUUUCCUUCCCAGAUGCAGUUUCUCCCUUUCUAUUAAUCUUGACAUCCUAUGUUUGUAUCGUUAGCACCAUCCUGAGAAUCCCUUCCACCACCAGGAGGCAAAAGGCCUUUUCCACCUGCUUCUCUCACCUCAUCGUGGUAACACUUUUCUAUGGGACCAUAAUGAUUGUCUACAUGGUACCAAAAUCCAGCAACCUGAGAGUCCUGAACAAAGUGUUCUCUGUCUGCUACACAGUCCUGACUCCCCUGACCAAUCCCCUCAUCUACAGCCUGAGAAACAGAGAGGUCAAGGAGGCCCUGAGAAAAGCUGUCAGGAAAUGUCUGGCCCUCACAAAGGAUUCAGACUAGUUGAAUGAAAUGAGGAUCAAUCAAUCUGGUUUCUAUUGUGAAAGAAGGAGGGUCUAAAUGGGCCCUGAUACUGAAAUGCAGAGAGGAGAAAAGAUUUUGACUUUUCAUCAAAAUAACUGAAACCUGAAAAAUGAAUUUUUUUUUUUUUUGCUUUUUGGCAACUGACAUCUGAAAACCUUCAGAUGGAAACUAUAAAAAAAAAGUCAUGCACUGUUGUUGUGGCUGUGUUGGUCCCAGAAUAUUACAAAGACAAGCUGUGACCCUCUGUACCUCAAAAUAGCAUCCUGGACCCCCAUAUUCACCACUGUGAUAGGAGGAUGGUGUGUUUGGUACAAAGUAUGCCUUGGAAGGUAUCAUUUGAGAAGUCUGGAUCUGCUGAACAUUAGUAUCCUGUUGAAUUGUGGGUAAUAUCAUUGUAUGUGAUGUUAUGACAUAUUGCUAAAUAUGUUACUGAAAUAUAGUGAGGUUCGAAGAUGGGCACAGCUGGCCUCUCAGUAACAACAAAGGGGCACCCAUCACUGGCCAGACAGGCGUUGGUGGCCCAUCAAGAAGAAUCCACUCUCCCAGAGACUCCAAAGAGGGCACGUACACAAUGGGUACUGCCCGACCCCACCUCACAGCAAGGAUCGUUCAAGCACCUGGAGAGAAAGUAUAAGGAGGGUCAAUGACAUCACCACUUGGCCUCUCUCCUCCACCAUCUCAACACCUGGAAGAUCAUCUGGAAGACAAAGACUUUGAACUGGGGAAGAUUGGUCCCAGGCUGGGAAGGGAUUCCAGCCUGUGUAUAGAGAACUGUGAGCUGCCUGUAACAUCUAUUAGGGUGAGAAACUGUUUGAUUCAAAUCUUGCUUCAUUUGUAGAAUUUAGACUCCAAAUUUAUUUGUAUUUCUUAUGUAACCAACUCUGAUCUCUAUGCCUGCUUCUUA